UUUUAGCUGGCGGCCUGUACAGAUGCGUGUGUUAUAAUGAAGCAGCUAGACAUUCUGCACUGUUAAUACAUAAGGCAAUAGUAAAGGACUGAAGGGAUGUUCUAUUCUCUUAUUCCUUGAGGUAAACUACAAAGCAGGAAGAGAGCGACUGAAAGUGAUCGCAAGCAAGUUACUGGGAACAGUUUAAAUGCCUCCGAAGUUGCUUUAGAUGGAUCGGAGAUGCUCAAGGCACCUUCGCUCAUUCGCCGCCACUUUUUUGAAAGCUGAAGUUUUUGCAGCCUUGAACAAAACCCACGAGGUGUAGCAUCUGUUGUUGCCCCGACGCUUGAAUCUGGGGGGUCUGGCGUUACGGCGUCGUGACAGCGCUUUCACUGGCUCCUCAACCUCGAGCGAUCCCCUUUGAAGGUUCGCAGGCUGAAAACACGGAGCUCCAGCGAAUGAGCUUGUGACAGCUGAGUGCCUUGCCCGGGGAGAAGACUAUAGUAGCCCAUGCCUUGCUACUUUUGAGUUUCUCCUCCCCCGAUUUUAAGAAAGAAGGGAAAUGCUUUCGGUGCUCUGGAAUUGGUUGAAUGGGAGAUGUUUCGAGAGGGGGCGUUAAAAACACACCUUCGCUCCGUCCUCCUCGCCGCUGCGUGUCAACGGUUCGCAACCACACAGGAAGGAAGGAAACGCGAUCUCUCUGUGAGUUCACCCGCACGGCUGGUUAAUGACCCUUCAGGCGGAACAAAGUUAACUUCAGCGGACUACUGCUGGGAAAAACUGAACCUACACUCAAGUGCUGCUUUGUAGUAUUCCAGAUUGGAGUACUGCAUGUCUCCAACUGUAAAGCCAGGAAUCAGGAGUACGUCGUUGUUUUAAACGUGCGUUUUUCAUGCAUUUGUUUACAGCGUUACUAGUUGCUUUUUGAUGGUGACCAUAUGUUGUGAUCUGGUGACGCCGCCUUCACAGGGCUCGUGAAUGCGUUUACCCGUGUUGCCUCUGGAUACGGAGUCGACAAUUCAAAGUGGAUUAAAAAGUUUGUCUUCCUGCGGAGAGCCGAGGACGCAGAAAUGAAGCUAAGCAGACAGUUCACAGUUUUCGGAAGUGCCAUCUUUUGUGUGGUGGUCUUCUCAUUAUAUCUCAUGCUGGAUCACUUGCAACUGGACAGCUCCAAGAACCCUAAGGGGGGAGCUGGUGGAGGCUUCAUUCAGAAGGGACAAUUAUCCAUUCUACAAGAUAAAAUAGAUCAUUUAGAGCGGCUGUUAGCUGAAAAUAAUGAAAUAAUUUCAAACAUCAGAGACUCUGUUAUUAAUCUCAGUGAAUCUGUAAAGGAUGGAAAAGGGAACCCAGAGCUGCUGAACCUCAGUAAAGGAUCAUUCCCAGAGCUCCUUGCCUCGCCACCAGUAGUCAUUCCAGUUGAGGCAGAAGACUGCCAGUUUGCUUCCAAACCAUAUUUGAAACCCCCUGAUGGAGUACAGAUGCUGGAUGUCUAUAGUCUACUACCCUUUGACAAUCCUGAUGGGGGAGUGUGGAAACAAGGCUUUGAUAUUUCAUAUGAUGAACAUGAGUGGGAUAAUGAGCCAUUGCAAGUCUUUGUUGUUCCACAUUCACAUAAUGAUCCUGGUUGGUUGAAGACAUUUGAUGAAUACUACAGGGACCAGACACAGCACAUACUUAACAAUAUGGUAGUGAAGCUACAUGAAGAUGAAAAAAGAAAAUUUCUGUGGUCAGAAAUUUCGUACUUCUCUAAAUGGUGGGAUAGCAUAGACAGUCAAAAACGGGAUGCAGUGAAAAGGUUAAUUGAACGUGGCCAGUUGGAAAUUGCGACGGGUGGCUGGGUCAUGACUGAUGAAGCAUCUGCACAUUAUUCUGCAAUGAUUGACCAGCUGCUAGAAGGCCACCAAUGGCUGGAGAAAAAUCUUGGAGUGAAACCAGUAACUGGGUGGGCAGUUGACCCAUUUGGACAUUCUUCCACAAUGGCCUAUAUUCUGAAGCGUUCAGGUUUCUCCAACAUGCUUAUUCAGAGGGUGCACUACUCUGUUAAGAAGCACUUUUCCAUUCAUAAGACACUUGAGUUCUUCUGGCGCCAAAACUGGGAUGAAGGUUCAAACACUGAUAUCUUGUGCCACAUGAUGCCUUUCUACAGUUAUGAUGUCCCUCACACUUGUGGUCCAGAUCCCAAGAUAUGCUGCCAGUUUGACUUUAAAAGGCUUCCAGGAGGCAGGAUCAGCUGUCCGUGGAGGGUUCCUCCUGAAGCAAUUCAUGAUGGCAAUAUUCAGCAGAGGGCUCAAAUGCUCUUGGAUCAAUACAGAAAAAAAUCCAAACUGUUCCGAACUAAAGUGGUUUUGGCUCCUCUCGGGGAUGAUUUUCGAUACAGUGAAGCAUCUGAGUGGGACCAGCAAUUCCAAAAUUACCAAAAGUUAUUUGACUAUAUGAAUUCUCAUCCUGAACUGCAUGUUAAGGCCCAGUUUGGAACUAUAUUGGACUACUUUAAAGCUCUCCGGAAAGCUGCUGGCCUAAGUCCCUUAAUUGGUAUUCCUACGGUGUUUCCAGUUGUGAGUGGGGACUUCUUCACUUACGCAGAUAGAGAUGACCAUUACUGGAGUGGUUAUUUCACAUCCCGUCCAUUUUACAAAAGGCUAGAUAGAGUCAUGGAGUCACAUCUGAGGGCAGCAGAAAUAAUCUACUCAUUCGCCCUGGCAAAUGUUCAUAAGUUUUCUAAAAUGGAAGUGUUCCCAUCCUCAGAGAAUUAUAAGAUGCUAACAGAAGCAAGAAGAAAUUUGGGCCUUUUCCAGCAUCAUGAUGCUAUUACAGGAACUGGGAAAGACUGGGUUGUUGUUGAUUAUGGUACAAGACUCUUUCACUCAAUCAUGAAUCUAAAGCGUGUGAUAAUUGAUUCUGUUCACUUCCUGAUUCUGAGCAGCAAAGGCGAAUAUAAGCACAACCCUUCAAGUAUGUUCCUGCAAAUGGAUGAUGUUCAACCCUCCCAAGAUGCAUUGCCACGUAAAACAGUGCUCAGAGUUACUGGAGAAACAAGGUCUCUUGUGGUUUAUAAUCCCACUGAACAGGACAGGACAGCAGUAGUAACUGUUUAUGUGGAUAGCCCAAAAGUUAAAGUCGCAACUCUUUUAGGACAGCCUGUCAUGGGACAAAUUAGUGCUGUCUGGGAGGAGACAGCCACAAUAUCUGCUGAAGCAUAUCAGGUCUCCUUUGUGACUCAGCUUCCAGCUUUGGGGCUUAAAGUAUAUCAGCUAGUAGAGGGGACAGAUGUCAAUGUGCUUCUGGCAGAUUAUAACUUAUACAAAACGGAUGAAGCCAUACCAGUUAACUCCAACAGCGCAUUCAAGGUCAAUGUGAUGCAAAGCAACCCUAUGAAUUACAUCAUUGAAAAUUCACAUCUGAAAAUCUGGUGUUCAGGCUCAUCUGGGUUGAUGGAGAAAAUAAAGCUAAAGGAGACUGGGAAAGAACUAAAUGUGAAAGUGGAAUUUGUUUGGUAUGGAACUACUAGCAAUAGAGACAAGAGUGGUGCAUACCUCUUCUUACCUGAUGGAGAAGCAAAGCCAUACUCCUCCUCAGGAUCGCCUGUUAUAAAAGUAACCACUGGAGCAGUCUUUUCUGAAGUGACAAGUACAUAUCAUCAUUUCACACAUACAGUCCGUGUUUAUAACAUCCAAGGUGUGGAAGGACAGUCUGUCGAAAUUUGUAACACUGUAGACAUCAGAGGUGAAUUUAAUCGUGAAAUUGCAAUGAGGAUAACUUCGGACGUGAACAGCAGUGAUCGAUUCUUCAGUGACCUCAAUGGCUUUCAGAUUCAGCCAAGACGAACCUUGGGCACUUUGCCUCUUCAAGCAAACUUUUAUCCUUUGACUACAAUGGCUUACAUUCAGGAUGAACAAGUUCGGCUUACUUUGCAUUCUGCACAGUCACUUGGUGUAGCAAGUCUCAAAUCUGGCCAGCUAGAAGUCAUCAUGGACCGAAGGCUCAUGCAAGAUGACAAUCGGGGCCUGGGACAGGGUGUCCAGGAUAACAAGGUUACAGCCAACUUGUUUCGUUUGCUGUUGGAGGAGAGAGUCAGGCUUGAUAAGACAGAAAACAGCAAGCCAGUAAGUUUUCCAUCUCUGCUAAGCCACAUGUCUUCACUUUACUUGAAUCAUCCAGUCAUUCCAAUGGCUGUAAGUCACGACUUCAGCACAUCUCAUUUGUUACCAGCUUUCAGUCCUUUGACUUCCUCAAUGCCCUGUGAUGUGCAUGUAGUUAAUCUUAGAACAAUACAGUCUAAGCAAGGCAUUGGGCCAUCUGAAGAAGCAGCUUUUAUUUUACACAGGAAAGGAUUUGACUGCGGAUUCUCUACUAAAAACAUGGGCUUAUUGUGUUCCACAACAAAAGGAAAGAUUGCAAUUGAAAGACUUUUCAAUGAAUUUAAAGUGCAGCGCUUUGUGCCAGCCUCACUCUCCCUGAUGUACACGGCUUCAGAAGUCAGGAACAGCAGCAGCAUACAACUUGAGCCUAUGGAGAUCAGCACAUUCCGCAUCCAGCUGACGUGAAGCAAGCCUACGGGGAAAUAUUAAGAAGACUUUGCCAAUACUGUGAAGAAAGGAUUUUCAUUCCUGUCUGUAAUAACUUACCAAGGGGUCUUAAAGCCAUGUAAUGCCAUUUAAAUCUGUACAUUGUGCAAAUUCAGAAAUAGGUAAAUGUUACUUCAGCACAUGAAAAGUUUGGUUGCAGAUUAAUAUCACAGCCACACAUUUAGUCUCAGGUUCAUGAUUUUUUCCCAAGAGUUUAUUGUCUGCCCAUUUGGAAAACUGACAUAGAAGGUUCCCGAUGCUGAAUAUGGCAACGGAGGUUUUGUUUUUUGUCGUUUGGAAUAUGCUUAAUGCAUAAAAUCUCGUCAGCCCCUCUGACAUUACCAUGUAGAUCUUAUCAUGUGUAACUAUAUAAAAGACAUGGAAGUUAAUUAAAAAUUACGCUACACCCUCGGGGGCUGGAAAAUAUUUUAUUAAUAGGAUUUAGUCUGUGCUGUCUGUCACAGAUUGAUCCUUAGGGUUAUGUGCAAUGCUUCAGCGGCCCUGCAUAAUGAAUCAAUGCCACACACGGUCAGGCAGAGGCGUCACAGUACACUUCUGACACGCAGAUUUUAUUGUACAUUUUUUUCUUACUGGAUUCCAAAGUUGCUAUUAUGGAGUGACAAUGUGCCUUAUUUUUUAUUACUAUAAUAAAUUUUUUCAGUACUGUUCAUACUAUCUAUAGUAGUCUUAGGAUCUUUUGCGUUUUGUCUUUUUGUGAAGUGACCCUUCUGUCUCUACAUUACAGACAGCAAUAACACACGCCGUGCUGUUUGAACUGUUUUUGUGACCUUUGAAUGUAUGAGCCGGUGUAAUUGGAUGUUAUUGGAUAAACCUUACUUGACUAAAUGACUCUGAACUCAUUAUUUUUUAUCAUUAUUCAUUUUUCAGUUAAUUGGAAGCAAAUUCUUACUGUUUCAAGGUGCAUCCAUUCAUUUUAAAAUACGUUGCUUUUUUUUUUACCUUUCUUUUGCAAUGGGCAAAAAUUUUUAGAAAUUGCAAAUAUUCUUUCAUAGUGAGCUAUCUUUGCAGCGAUUUUUUUAACUGUUUUAUAUGCAUCAGAAGAGGUCCUCUUUCCAUAGACUUCAAAAUAGGACUGUGACAAAUUUAAAAAUGCAAAAAGAAUACAAAAGGCCCAGCCGGAGCCUUCUCUCCGAUCGCUUCCAUUGCUGGCCCUUUGUGAUGAUAGCUCAACAACACUGAAAGUUUUCACAAAAUUGAAACUGUAAAUAAAUAUUUGUCAGAGUACCCACAACGGUGAAAUUAAGAAAGACAAGUACACUUUUUACAGGGGUCUUAAAUACAAGAGGUUGAGAAAAUGUAAUUCUUGUUCUUAAGACACGUUUCUUUUUAAAAUUUCAUGUUUAUACGUAAUAAUCUGAAAAUCAAUUCAUAAAUAAAUCACAGAGGUGUAGCAGCCCUUUAUGACACUUUAGGAAUUAGGCGAUCUUAACGUUUUUCUUAUCAAGAUUAUUUUCACUAAAGGACUGAAUUGUUGUUAUGGCUGCCAACCUUGAGUUUCGACUCCAUCUUGUUGUGAUGCUGUUUCUUUGAUUUGCCUUUCCUAUCACCUUUGUACAUGUCUCAGUUGAAAUUCUAGCUGUCUUACGGUAUAUCGUUUUCCAAGGAUAGUGGGUGCCAUUGCUGCCUUGGCCGCUCACGCAGCAUGUUCAGUGUUGGGAUUUAUAUUUUUGUCUUUAUUCUGAGGAAGCCUUAAGCAGUGUUUAACAGCAAUGCCACCGAUGGAGCCUCUUGUUCUACGCUGCAUCUGUUUUCUACGAGACACCCGUGCCAAUGACGUCUUAUUUGCUCUGUAGGCUGGCGUAUCAUCAGUGAGGCAGACCAGAAGCGCAACGCUGUGUUUCUUUCUCCCAGCCCUGCUUACACUAUGUGUGUUUCGUAUUAAGGGGCCUGUAAUUGUAGGAAUAUGUUGAAGGAUGUGCCACAUGUAAUGUCUUGAAUGAGAUUUCCUGUCCGUCUUCAAUCACUUUUGUUUGCCUUUGUGUUGUAUUGAAUUAUUGAAUUGUCUGAUUUCAUCCCCCCUUACCCAAAAUGGCUUUGCUUGAUGCAGAAGGCACAAUCUUGUACUUUACACUCUUAUAUCUGUCCUAACAGAUUACCAUUGAUUGAGAGUUCAAUAUUUUUAUUUGCAAUUUUUAUAUCUUUUGGUGAAAUGUAAUAUAAUGGGGUAAAGAAUAAAAUGAUGAUAUUCUUA